UGUUUUUUAAAAAUCACAGAGAUGGAAACUGGAUGCCACGAUAAACGCACUCCUGUCAAAAGACCAAAACCCUACUGUAAAUACCGCGACCAAUGGGACAGCGAAUUUACUUUUCUGCGGAGGAGCCGGUUUGGGAAUAGUCACGCGUUUUGUAUGGUUUGUAACAGCGACUUGAGCAUCUCGCACGGGGGAAGGAACGAUAUAAGGCAACACGAGAAAUCCGCUAAGCACAAGCGGGGGCUAGAGCUAGAGGCACAACAACAUGCUCAGCCGACGUCCGCAUUCGUGACGGCAAAUGCCACCGAGACAGAUCAGGUCACAAGUGAAGAGGUACAAAUGACGGAGAUUAGUGAACUUGGUCAACAUAUGGACACACACAGACAAGCCUGCAUCGACCUGGAGAAGGCCACUCUGUGCAUCACACAAGCAUUAGAGGCGAACGAGCUUGGUCAGCAUUCGGGCGUGAGUCACAAGCAAGUCUGCCUUGACCUGGAGAAGGCCACUCAAUGCAUCACACAAGCAUUACAGCAUGAAGUAGGUCGGAACCAGGAGCUCUGUAUGCUGAUUCGUCGUCUGGAGGAGAAGGAGGCGGGGACUGGGCGGAGCCUAACACAGCAGAUGGAGUCAAACAAGCAGCUGAAGCUGAAGAUCGAUGAGUUGCAUAAACAUCUGGGGGAGAAGGACCACUCACUGAUGCAGGUCAAACAGACUGUAGUUUUGCUGAAGAGGGAACUAAGGGACCUGCGUCAACAGCGGCAAAGCCAACAGACUAAUAGGACGGUGCAGGACGGGAGUGAGUGGCUGCAGAGUGGAGAGACCCAGAUCAGGCAAAUCCGGAUUCCCAGCUCUCCGCUCCACUCAGAUCAGCUAACCGCCGAGGAUCCGCCGGUGAGCUCAUCUGCCGGGCAGAUUCCGCCGCCCGUAUCCUCGGACGCCCAGGGUGGGCAGAUUCCGCCGCCCGUGUCCUCCGACGUCCAGAGUGGGCUGCUCUCGGGGAUUAAAGAAGAGAAUCCUGACCAUGGAUAUGAGGAGUGGAGUCAAUAUGGGAGAGCUGACCCCAGAACAGAGCAAACGACCUCUUCAGCUGCAGACAUUAAAAGCGAACAGAUCCAGACUUCACUGGUCUCGUCUGACGGUCAGAGGCUGCUGGAGGCUCCAGUCUCUGAAGAUGAAGAUGAUGAUGAUGACGAUGAUGAAGAGUAUGGAGAGUACGGUCAUCCAGUAAAACGAAGAAAGAGGAAGAACUCCGGACCAGACCAGACCAUGAAUCCGUCUGCAGAAAUAAAAGCUGAGCAGAUGUUCCAAGUGGUGGAGUUUUAUAAAGACAAGCCGAUAACCGUGGCUGUGGUGGUGAAGUCGUGGAUUGCUACCACUUCAGAGGGCCUGAUCUGCUACUGGCCGCCAUCCAAAGCCUCAAAGAAGGCCAGGAGAGGGGUUGCCCCUGACAACGACCGGUGGCAACAGCGCUCCGUGAGAAUAGUGCCACACACACCCACUAAUGACUACACUAAGGCUUUGCAUUGGGCAAAGAAGGCAGAGACCCAGUGUAAUGUGGAGAGCAACUCUGAAGUGGGAAAGAGGAGAAACGUUGUACCGGCCCGAUAUCAAGAGGACUCUUCGGACAGCAGUACAACCGACAACGAGGACCAACCAUGGCCCAGGGCUGGCCACCAUAUCUCUGCCCCACCAUCACCAUCACCACCACCAUCACCACCACCACCACCACAGCCAGGAUACCAACAGCAUGACAGUGGUUUGACACCGAACGGCGGGCAUAUAUUCAGAGGCAGUAAUGGCGUUGCAUUUGAACUCACAGACAUGGCAAGCCAGGCAGGGGACGUUCAACAACUCACAGACACGGCAAGCCAGGCAGGGGACGUUCAACAUCUCACAGACAUGGCAAGCCAGACAGGGGACGUUAAAGAACUCACAGACACGGCAAGCCAGGCAGGGGACGUUCAACAACUCACAGACGCCACAGACCAGGCAGGGGACGUUCAACAACUCAUGGCAAUGAUGACCUCGUUCCAGACGAAGGUGUUAAGCAAGAUGGAGCAGAUCCUGGAGACCAAGCAGGAGCUGAUCAGGCUGGUGUGUGCGGCGGCGGCGGCGGCGUCGUCGUCGUCGGUGGUGGUGCCGUCCAGGAGUCUGCUGAUGGAGCCUCUGUCCAGACCCUGCGCCACCCAGCAGGACCUCGACGCCCUGUGCGCUCGCAUCCUCACCGAGGACACCUUCCCCAAGCAACUGGUGUCGGCGCUGUGCCUCGACGGCUCCAAGCGGCUGGGCCUGACGGUGCGGCGCAUGAUGUGUCGCCUGGGCACCAGGGAGCUGUGGUCCGCGUUCAGCCUGAGAGGCAGGAAGAAGAAGGCCUGUUUCGCUGACCUGCCCCUGCUGCAGGUGCUAACCAUGGCCUGCACUACAUGCCACCCUGAAGUCAAGAUAGCAGACGUGGAGAAAGAGGUGGCGGAAUUUCUUAAACAUGCCCCCUUUAAAAAGGGUGGAACUGGCAAGAGUGGAUCGUCAGCUAGCUUCGUUGUAGAGGACUCGGCUGCACCUGAUCAUCACCACCUGCUCAGUGCUAGUCCAGGUUGCCCUAGCCCAAGCCACAACAUGUUGCUCUUCUAAGUAAACACGUCUGAAAGUUGUUGUUCUUUUAAAUAAAUAUGUCUGAAAGUUGUUGUUCUUUUAAAUAAAUAUGUCUGAAAGUUUAGCUGUU